UUGUAGAUGUACACGAUAAGAGAAUAGUGUUAUGAGGAAAGUGUCGUGCUAUGAGACCUUUGUGAGGAACCAUGUGAUGAAUGGAGUGAGGACCUGGACUUGAAGGAUGUAGGUGUAGUGAGGGUCUUCAAUGACUACUCUCAGGCAGCGUCCAUCUCGGAACACACAUUCCACUACUCUUGUGAGUCUAUAAGUGUAUAAAAAAAUCUGUGUAUUUUGAUAAAGAUUGAAAAACAUAAAUUAGUGGAAUUUGGUGACGUUUACAAAAUUGUGGUGAAAGUCAUUAUAUGCCGUGACAAAUUAUUUAAGAUGUAAAUAAUGUGUUAAAAGUUUUGCUUGAAAAUUCAGUAAGAUAAAAAUCAUUUGUGGUGGGAGUGUAAAAGAGAGUAGAGUGGCGGGUAGUGCAGCGUCUUAGCGUGCGUGGCGAGCUCCUCCUCCAGACACGCUGGAGUCCAGCCUCAACACUCAGCCACUUUAGAAAAGUAUUGUGCAUUUAGUAUUUCCGAGACGCGAGGAACGAACCCUCCCAGCGACCAUUACUGGAGCCUUCCUGGGCAGCCGGUGACUUCCUCAGUAGCAGGUGCUCCUCCCCAGCUGUUCACACCCAAAGUGGCUGACUGCUAGUGUGUGUGUGUGUGUGUGGCGACCAGUGGCAGGGGCAGCAGCAGCAGGAGGCCGGGGUCAUGGCUCGGUGACGGGGAGGCAGGGAGAGAGGCCAGCACACACUACUGCAGGAGGAGGAGGAGGCUGGCAGGCGGCCGACGACAGAUGAGCAGCAGCAGCAGCAGCAGCAUGACGCCGUCGUCGGUGGGUGGUGGUGGUGACGGGGAGGUGCGGGUCUCACGGGUGCUCUUCACCAUGCGCUGGCGCUUCAUGAGCCAGAUCCUGCUCGCCCUCCCGGUCGUCGGCAUGUUCAUCUGCCUCAUCACCUCCGUCAUCUUCCACUCCGACCACAUCAACAACACUAUAUGCAAGGUGUACAACUUCCUGCCGAGCAUCAGUGCGGUGACGGGCGUGUCCCCUCAGCGGUACCUGUGGAGGGUGGCCGUGGCUCUCCACAUCUCCCCCAGGCUGCUGGUGGCCUGGGUGGCCCGGGCCUACUACACGGGCCUGGCCGCCCACGUCCCCGCCGCCCGCCGCCCAGCCUACCUCACCCUGGUCGCCGCAGCCUUCUACCUCAACCUGACGGAGCUCGCCACGCUCUGUGGGGUCACCUACAUCUCCAACAAAGAGAAUUACCCUGUGCACGAGAAGCUGUUCACGCUGUUCAUGCUGGUGUCGCUGGUGUACAUGCUGUGCGUGAUCCGGGUGGUGCGGGCCGUGCGCCACACCCUCUCGCCCAGGCUGCUCCGGUCCUUCGCCCAGAAGAAGUGGCUCUUCGCCAUCAAGCUGGCCUCCACCGGCGGCCUCCUCUUCUUCUUCUGGCGCCACCGUGUCUACUGCCAGCCCAUGGCGUUCAGCUGGUUCUCGCUGUGUGAGUACAUCAUCGCCACCUGCAACAUGCUCUACCACGUCAGUGUCGCCCUCGACUUCUCUGAUGAGCACCUCAUCGUUGGUCAUGUCAUCACCGCCACCUCGCCCUCGGCCUCCGUCUCCUCCUUCCCCACCACCGCCUCCUCCUCGCGUCACCACUCCGCCUCCACGCCCACCACCAACACCUGUGACACUCUAGCCACUUGUGAGGGCGGCGUCGACACCCCGCCCACCAGGAAUGGUCGCCUCGAUGAACUGGUGUUGGGCGGCAGUGCGGCGGUGGGCGGCUCCCAGGCCCUGGCUGCCGUCCUUGGCAAAGUGGUGCCCAUAGGCAAGUGUGAUGGGGGAAUGGGAGGAGGAGGAGGCACGGGCGGGGGCGAUAGUGGGGGUGUGGGCGCGGAGAGCGAGGCCACGCCCACCGUGGUUCACCAGGUCCUCAACACCAUCCACGAGGGCGCCGAGCCCACGCCUGCGCACACCUGCCUCAACGGUCCUGCCGACCCAGAGUCCGCUCUGGUUCAGCGGAGAACCGGUUCUUCACUCAGUUCUAGCCCCCUGCCCAUCGAUGCCCAUCUUUCCACCCACUCCCACAUGGAUUAGUGAAAGUGAGCAAAGGACUCCGCCCAUAACUAGUGGGUGGUAGGAGUGGGCCACACCCACAUUACUGUUAUCACCGCCCACACCCCGUGGAACUAAUCCCACAAGGGUGUUACUUUGUUACAUUCUGUGAAAAUGGCUCUGGAAUGGCAUGUGUAAGAGGGCAGUGUGUAUAAUGGAGUUGUAACAGGUGGUCCACAACCUGGGCAGCCUCACCUGGCCACCAACCACUCCUGGUGACCAACAAAGCCCUCGUAGCAUGCAGAAACAAUUUGUUAUCACAAGUUAUGUAGUGAAUAAACUGCUGAUUUGUAGUUAAAAUAUGUCGCAAGUAACAAAAAUGUUCCUCAAGACUUUGAGUGAUUUCCAUAGCCUGGUGCUAUUGGGCUGAGAUCUUGUGUCUUACUUGGUUGGUUCAAGGAGACAACCUUGGAAAAUCCAACAGAACCUGGCACAACACAUACGCCUUGUAUAUGGGACUGACUGUAGAGCCUUACGUCUCUUAUUUGAUGUAGUGCAUUUAGUAAUGGUAUAUUUCUGCACUCGUCAGUAUAAAAAUUACAAAUGAACUUAUAAUUAUAGUUGACAAUGAAAAAAUAAUUAAAGAGCAGCUUCGACCAAAUUGCCUUAAACUAUCGGACCAUAAUUGAUAAAGUAAAAGUUUAGCAAGACAUGCCUACUCCAGACUGGGGCUCUGGUGGCUACGAGGCUACCACAGCCGCGUUCUCCAUCUCUGCGCCCCAUACUCUAGUCAGCCGCAUUCUCUAUCUCUGUGCCUCAUUCUAGUCAGC